AUGGCUCACGUCCACGAGAGCUCGAGUGGAGGGGGCAAAGCAGUGGGUGAUCCUGUCGCCAACGUCACGGCUAUCGACCAGCAGGAUGCUUCGGACGCACCUUUGCAGGGCGGAUUUCUGUUCAUUGCGUCGACAGGUCACAAGACGAAGGAUCGCCAACAACUCCGGACCCUGCGCGGACAUGUUAUGCACAACUACCUCGAGCGGAGGGAUGCUGGAAAGCAUGAAGGCGACGCCAACCAAGCCGGCAGAGUGUCGCUGAGCACCGGGCAACCGCAACUUGGGAUCCCAAAACCUUUUGUCAGCGGCGGGCAGAAGAUGAGGUUUAGGAUGCGAUCCGGGGAGCUGGAGCUGCGCCACUCAUACAGGUACCGCAAGGGCAAGAAGUGGAAACAAAGAAACGCGACCGAAGACGAGCGCGACGGAGAACCUCCAGCGAAGGAAUCAUCUGCCACCACCGAGCAACACGUUGCCACCGACUCAGGCUUCGUGCCAGGAAUGCCAGUGACGUGGCUGGGGUCUCGCAAGAUCGACGUUUUCGGUGUCUCACCGGUCAAGAUGGAUCAAGGAGAUGAAACCUCCCUCUUCCUGUUCCAGCAAUACGAGAGGUACCCUUGGUGCCCGAUCAAUGGACAGAGUUCGUGGUCAUCAUUCGUCGUUUCCGACCAGCUGGUCUUCCACGCGACCAUGUUCAGCUGGGGCAUGCAUUUCCGGCACCGCAGACCCGUGCCCGAUCCGCACGAGGAAAUGAAGACACUGCAGCACAAAGUAGCGGCUAUAUCGCUCAUCAACGGCCGCUUAUCCGACUUGGAGCGGGCGGCGACUGACGAGACGGUCGCGGCGGUUGCAGCCUUGACGAACAUUGCCCUUGUCGUUGAUUCCCACGUGGAGGCAAGCAAGCACAUGGCGGGGUUGUGGGCGAUUGUGCAAAUGCGAGGAGGUCUCUCGUCGCUGAAGUCCAAUGUUCAACAACAUCUCCAACGGCUGAUCAGUUGGAACGACCUGAUAUACUCGGAGGUGUUUGAUGAGAAGCUGCGCUUCCCACCGAUCGAAGUCUGGGACGAGUCGUGGGGAACUCUUGAGCGGCGCCAUACCACGUCAGGGUCACUGCCCGGCCUGAGCCGUGCAGAACUGCAGGCAGCUGGAGUGCCUCAUCACCAGGUCAUCGAUCUCCUCAGUGACAUCUGCGAGCUAUGUGAUGCCGAGCAGACCAGUCCGCUGAGGCUCACGCACGACCAGGGGCGAAUGCGCCGAGCCGACAUGUUCCAUCGCAUGGAGAGAAAGUUGUGGGUCAUUGUCCAGGGGGAUGCCACGCUGGGGGACAAUCGCUGGGACGCGAUCGUAUGGAGGGCGGUGUCGUUGUCGGCCUUGCUAUUCACCCACCAUUACUUGCGCGGCAAUCCGCUGAAGUACCGGCAUUUCAACGUCCUGUCAACACAGCUCUACGACACGCUGCUAGCGAUGGACCAAGACCUGGCGGAGCUGGAUUUCGCUCCAUCACUGCUCAUCUGGAUGUUGAGUACCGGGGCGGUGACCACCUCUUUGUUCCCGGUCGUGCAUUCGUCGUUCAUCUUCAUGCUUGGUCGAGCGUGCGUCAAGCAUGGACUAGUGGACUACAACCGGUUUCAGCGGACUUUGAGCCAGUUUCUGUGGACCGGCGAGGCCGAUGAGGCGAGAUACUCGAGACUCUGGCACGAGCUGGAACCGGCCAUGCAGGCGAGCUAUCUCGAGGCCGCUCAAACAACCAGAUGUAUAGCACACAUGUAUCAUCCGUCUCGAUAA